GGGUACUAAACGUCCUCACCAAAGAAAAACAUUCGAGCUGAAUGCAUGCAAUAUGGAGGAAGAAAGCGACGAUAGUGAUGGCAGACAAGAACAGAACGUAGAACAAGAAGCAGAUUCAUCAACGAGUGAAGACGAAGAUGAUGAUGAAAACGAUGAGCUUAUUCUUUUAGGAAUAGAUGAGUGGCUAAUGUUAGAUAAUGUCGUUAUCCAGCAAGAUGAUUCCUCAAGCAGUGAAGAAGAAGAAGGUGCUAAUGAAGCAGUUGGAUUUGACAACACCCUUCCUAUCACACAUUCAUACCUUGGAGAAGGAAUGGAAGAGCUGCAUGGUAGGACAAUUCAUGAGGCAAAUGAUAUAGUAAAAUUACCAUUGGUGUUAUUGCCUGGAGUAACCCUAGUUCCGAAUCAAAUAGUUCCUUUGCACAUCUUUCACCCACAGUCAGUUUCAAUGAUGAAAAGAGUAUUGGAAGCUGACAAGACAUUUGGUUUAAUCAACUUUCACAGGCCCAGGAGAGAGGGUAAUGGGGAUGUUUGGCAAAGACCCGAAAGUCAAAAGGCGGCUGGUGUUGGAACUACUGCAGAAAUAUUUUCAGUCAAGGAGGACGAAAAGUAUGGUGUUGUAAAUUUAACAAUGAAAGCAGAAGGAAGGCAAAGAUUUAAAGUUCUGGAAACGAAGAGACAGAUAGACGGGGUAUUAAUGGGCAAAGUGAAGAUCUUAGAGGAUACUCAAAUUCCAUCAUUGCCAAGUGACUUUUUCGUUUGUAACUAUAAACAAAAACCAAGUUAUUUAAGUAGUAAAAUUGCACAUGCCAAUUGGCAAGCAUCUAAUUAUCGAUUCGGCACUGGCUCGAAAAUAUCCAUUGAGGUUUUUCCAAAAGAUAUUUGCAAGACUGCGAGAACACCUCUUGGUCCUUUUCCUUUUUGGGUCUAUCAACAGUAUAACCCGUUCGAAUUGAUGGAUCGCAUAAUGGAUGAAAUGAGGGAAUGGAACAGAACUCUAGAAACCAAAGUAAUUCCAACAGAUCCUAAUGACUUCUCACACUGGUUGACCGCGAACCUGCCAUUCGAUGAUGCAAUUCGGGUUUCGCUGUUAGAAGUUGAUUGUCCCAUAACGAGGCUGAGGAGGCAAUUAGAUUUGAUACAGAAGUGUUCUCUGCUUCAUUGUUACGAAUGUGGCAAUCCAAUCGCUGAUAAAAAAGAUCUUUUCAGCAUGUCGCUGAAGGGACCAUUGGCUGCUUACGUCAACCCUGGCGGCUACGUCCAUGAAACAGUGACAUUUUACAAAGCGAAAGGUUUGGCGCUACGAGGAAGAGCAUCUUCAGAGAACAGUUGGUUUCCUGGGUACGCAUGGACGAUUGCAGAGUGCAGAACGUGCUCAAAUCACAUGGGUUGGAAAUUCACAGUUUGCCAAAAAGGAUUGACACCUUCAAAAUUCUGGGGUCUUGCAAGGGCCUCUUUGACACCCAAAUAUACUUCUUGACACACAAAUUGUAAAAUGCAAAUCAUUUACUUUCAAAAAGCUCUUCACUUAGUUUCAUAUUUUGUGUCAAGAAUUUCUAAAGAAUCUCAAACUUUCUUUGGACAGAAAUGUGAUAAUUCUAGAAUGUAAUUUCCUUGGAGAUUUUCCAUCAUGAUUAUCGUGGAAAUCUAUUUAAAUUGGAGCAUCUGUUGUCAGUUUUGACAGCUUUUCACAAAAACUGUUUUUAUACCAUAAAAAUGUAUUAUUUUGAAUAAUUUUUUAGUUACUUUUAUUAUGACGAGGGAGUUACAAAUGUCUUUCGAACCCUUGAUAUCAAGAAAUGUGCAUUUCUUUAACUUACCACUUUCCUAAGGAGACAGGAAGAAGCUGAAAUUUUUUAUUCAAACAAUCAUCAAAACAUCGAAGUUAUUGUAUCCAUAGGUAAAGAUGUUUAAACAGUUUUUUAAAAUCUUAAACUGUUUUUAUUUCGACAACUGUCAAAAUGGCACGCCAUUCCCUUUCAAACUAGACUGCACUCAUUUUUUUAUAAGAAACUGGCUAUAGUAAACGAGUAUUGGACAGUCGGAAGAAAUUAAGAACUUCAGUACUCGAAGGAAAAAAAUUAUGAAGCUAUUAAAUUGUGAUAAAACUGAAAACAACGAAAUUUUGUAAAAUCCAAGAACAUAAUUGCCCUAUUGGCCUAGAACUUAAGACACAAGGGAUAACAAUAUACUUUCCACAUCUAAUUACAGCAUCGGAACGGAAGCGAAUCUCUUGACGUGAAAAAAAGGCUACGAACAUUUCAUAACAUCAUUCAUGACAUCAUAAUUAAGAAACUCUUAAGAAACAGUGAGUAUUGGAAUUUCCAGAACAUUAAGAAAUUGGAUUACUCAACAUCGACCGUUGUUUCUUAUAAAGAAAUGAGUGUAACACUUUUUUUUAAAAGAGAACGAGUAGAAGCCAUAUAAAUGAUAGACGCUAAUUUUCCACACUGUUUUGUUAUUCUAUUUGACCCAAUUUUGCUUGUAAAUGGAAAAAUGAAUAUUUUAUAUGCAGAGCUUAGCUUGUAUAGCACUCUAUGUAUUGUUACUUCUGUUGCCCGAGCGAACCUGACAUUAUCCCUGUGCCAAAGUCUGUUUCUUCAAUUAUCUUUUGGAGCACAAGUUAACUUGAACAUGCUCAAGUACGCGCGAUAACAUGCGCCAAGUGCCCAACACAGUAUAUCAAGUGCCGCUCCAAGACCUUUCCCCUAUUAACGUCAUGGUGCAAUGCAUUCUGGUACUUGCAGUUAGCCCGCGAACUUUUGUUUACGUUUUGUACGGCGAUCGUACGAAGUUCUGUUAUUAUUCGACGCUCUUUGGUCAAAUAGUCAAGCAAAUAAAGGAAAAUACGGCAGAACGUACCGAAUAGCACAUGCCUAGUUUUUCUCAAAGCUCUUGCUUGGGAAAUGAUGUCGCAGAAAGUCUUUCUGGUGUUGCGAUUAGGCCAAAAAAGGAGAACUAGCAGUUCACUUUCGAUAGACAAGAAGAGGAUAUGGGCCUCGAAAGAUAUAUAGUUGACAGGAAAGGUUAGACCAUGUCUUUUAGGGUUAUACCAAACUUCUGAAGUGAACAGCUCAAUGGAACACUCCUCGAUAAUUCACUAACAAUACUUAACAGCGUAAGUGCACCUUAGGCCUGACAGUGACGGAAGUAAAAAACAUGGAUAAAAACUAUGUAAAGAACGAUAUCUAUGUGAAGCCCAAUAUCACUUGGAGGAAACUGUUAUUUUUGAGCAGUGGAUAACCCUUGUAAAUCCCAACAGUGAAUAACCCUUGUAAAUGGCUUUAAAGCAAGCUGUAGUACAACUGCUGGUUCAAAAUUUUCUUUGAAAACAGUUUUCGUGCAUCCAAUUUUGAAAAUUUGUCCACUUUUUGCCACAUAAUGUCAAAACUGUAACUGACACCUCAUUGCUCCUUCCGAAAUCACAACUACAAAAUGCUAGGAGCAUUAUCCCCUUGGUCCCAUAUCUUUCACUUUUCCUUUUGUUUGGCCUAGACCUUAUCAUAUCGUUGCUCGCUGUCAAAUUGCCGUCGGAACGACCUUUUUGCAGUGCUGAUUUCCAGGCAAGAGCUUUGUGAAAACCUUGAGAUGUGCUGCUCGGUAUAUUCUGCCGUAUUUCUCAUGAUUUGUUUGAUUAUUCGAGCAAAGAGCGUUAGAUAAUAGCAGAACUUCGUAUGAUCGCCGUACAAAACAUAAACAAAUAUUUGCGGGUUUAACUACAAGUACCAGAAUGCAUUGCGCCAUGACGUAAUUAGGGGAAGGUCUCUAUUUUUAGAAUUUCUUAAAUUUGGCCACACAAUCUGAAAUAACAUCAUAAAAUACCUCUCAAUGUGCAAAAUUAGUUAGAUAUGUUCCAAAUUGGGCGAGAUAUGACCGAUGAAAGAUUUCAAGUUGGCUAACGGAUUACUGUUAUUCUGGCCUGGUUCAUCAAGUUAUGAACCAAGAUCAAAUUACAGAGGUUUGAUGGGGCAAUAGCCUGUGCUCAAGUGGUCAUAUCUCAGCCAACUCGUAAUGCCUUUAACUGAUUUCGCACAUUUACAGGUAUUUCAUGAUGCUCUUUCAGGUUCUGGGAUCAAAAUUCAGAAAUUCUAAAAAUAGAUUUUUAAGACGUCAUCACUUCGGUACUCUAUUAGAUGCUUCAAUUCGUUCAGUGCGCCAUAAGUUCAUCAACAAAUUUUACAAAGGCCGAUGCUCUCCUCCGAAGAUCUCUUUAAAAUAAGUAGUGUAGUACGGCAAGUGUAUCUUUGGCUGGGCAGGAAAGUAGGGGCAAAUCGUCUUUUGUUUUGUUUUGGCAACGUAUUCCAAAAAUUCGGUAAGUUUUUAACUCCUAUUCGACCACUUUCAUCGUACCCAUUCCAUUAGGAUUUAGAAAUUUCUAGCAGUUUCAAUGAAGGAGAUUUCCUUUAUUUUGUAAAUUCCUCGGUAAUUCAAGGUUCGUGCUGCCAAACAUGUGGCCUAUUAUUGUUCUGGCAAAUGUUUUUGGGCGAUGAUGCAUUCCGUAAUUUGCAAGCAUUCCAUCAUUACAUUGAUCAUCAUGAAUAUGAAUGACUGAGUUACGAACGAUUGUAUUAGUGAAGCUCUUGUUGAAUCUGUGUAAAAACAAACUAUGGUAUAAACUCGUAGAGCGAUUGGAAAACUGCUGCAGAAAACAAUUAGGAAAUUUGACUGUUCAGAAGGAGGAGAUAGAGGAGAUUGCUUCAAGAAAAGCUUUGUCACAGAAAAAUACAGGUAAGACAAUUGCUUUUGAAGAAAAGUCUUUUUUGACAUGGUCCCCAAUUUAUUUGGUCCCACAGGAACUCUGACACCUGCCGCUAGAUUUGAAAAACGAUGAUUUUGAAAACAAAACAGAGUUUAUUUGCAAUUAUUUUGUUAUCUGGCUUUAAUUUUUCAUUGGCUUCCUUAAUUUCUGACUUGCGUCGAAGCCCCCGGGAACUCCCGAUUGUCCCGUGGAGCCCCUGUCUAAAGAGGUGUAGUUUGAAGUAUUUCGUUGGACCUUGUGACAUUUUCAGUGGUUGGAAGUUGGAACUGGCAUGUUGCGAUAAGGAUGGUACAAUCAGGGGUUAUUGGUCGGAUCAAAGGAACCUUGGUCCAUUUUACAUGAAGUAAAUGGUAUUAGGUGCAAUCUCUUUUUUAUCAGUUUGCAAGUCAUGGCCUUUUGGAAGAGAAAUUAGCUGCUGGAGGCAAGGAAGCAUAUAUAAAGAGGAUAACAACAGACCAUUGUUAAUGUAAUAAACAAACGAAAGUCACUAGGGCUGCAGAGGCAAUUAACUCCCUAGUUAGUAUACUAGAAAAGGCCCUGUUGCAAAAAGUUGUUUUUACUCGAUAUUUUUACUACUGCUAUGAAAAUAAGCUUGUCAAUAUAAGUGUUUUGGACACUUGACAGUAUCGCAGCUGUGAUUUUGAGAUUGAUCUGCCUGAAAAUAGAAAUGUUUAAUUGAAGCUCGGUUAGCUCGUGGAAUGAUGUGAAUUGCAACAGCAGGCCUGUUGACGCUGUUUUACUAGUAAAUUUACUACAGUGAUUUUGUGAUUAUAUCAAUAUCAUCUAAUCGAAUAUUCCAAUUGCCACUGCGAAAAAGAAGUGAAGCAUUGGCAGGGGUCAAGCUUGGAAGGGCGUUGAAAAGCAAACAUUGUUUGUAUUCAUUUCUUUGUUAAGGCAGUGGGUUAGAGCAUCACCCCAUUCCGGGGACAAAUGUUUUUGUUUUUCAAAGUUGCAUGAAAGUAAACUCUGUCAACAUACAUUGUGUUCGAAUUCUCAUGCUGUUCUGUUGUAUGUUAGUUGAUAUGUCUGUGUAAAGGUGAGGGUUGACACGGUUGACAACUUGUCAGACGAGCGGCUUACUAGACGAGCCAGCGUUUCUUUUCGUGGUGCGCAGCAAGAAGAAGAAACACGAGAGAUAACUUCUAGUCUUUUGCCCCUUUAGGUUGCAAUUGAGAGAAGUUAACUCUCACUCAGGCUGGUGGCAAACCUUCAGUACUGAAGUUGCGUUUAUCAACAAGUCCCAGAUAUCAUUUUGGGUUUGCUUUGAAAUCAGCCCGCUGCUACAUCAAAGAGAGAAGGCCACAUUACGAAGCCAAGGAAACUGCAAAGAG